UUGCGAGCCCAGCUCCACCUGUGGGCCCUCCAUUCGAUUCGAAAAAUGCGUGCCCUUGCAGUCGGAAGAAAGUUGACAUUCCUUUUGGUUCGUGUGUAAUACAACCAUUACAAAGUCAAAGAAAUUUCAGAGUCAAAAAGUUAAAAUUUGUUGGCUAUAAGAAUAAUGAAUGAAUCUGAUUAUUACUGACUUGAUGAUUGCGCCAGCACAGUCUCAGCUCAACAACUGAUGCAGUUUUGCGACUGGUUUCCAUCUUUUGCUACAUAUCGGUUGUGCUGCUGCUGUGGCAGCAGUCGAGUUUGAAUUUGAGCUUAGACGCAAGAUGCCGAUGAACCCAGCCAGCAGCAGCCCAGCAACAAAAGAACCAACCUUGAAAUAACAAGCCAAAUAUUGUUGUAAAUGUAAUAUUUUAAUGCAGUAGAAAUCAUUCGGGAUUGGACGCCGGCCACACAGUCCUCAAGUAAAAAAAAAAAAACAGGUUCCCUAAUGUCUAAUUCAGCGCGCUGGUUUUUGAUGUUAUUGCCCGCCCUUUUCUUCUUUUGGGUCCGUCCCUUUUCUCUUUUCCAAUCAUUGCGAACGCCCUGCGCCAAUCUUGACGACAUUGUGAAACCGACCGAUUGCCAUCCACGCUGGCGAAUUGUUGGUGCUGUGGUGUUGAACAUUUGAUGUGACCAGCAUCAUCAGCAUGACGUUACUGCUGGCGAUCCUUUCCCAUGCUGGGAUGCUGCUCGGUCGGGGACUGAGGCCUCAGCGAUGGUUGGCGUUCAUCAGGACUCGCUUGUUUCUUUUCACGGCCGCCGCGGCAUUCUUUCUCUUUCCAUUUUUUUCUUCUUAUGUGAUUGUCUUUCAUCAGCAGCAGCAGCAGCAGCAUCAAGCCGAUUCUGGCCUCCUGGUCCGCCCGUCGUCGCACCUGCUGGCACCCACCAACCAGCAGCAACAGCCAACAUCAGCCGGGGCCUCAUUUCCAGCAUCAGCACUUCGCGAUGAUGCCGGUGAUGGAGCAGCGGUGCUGCUGAUGCCGUCGAGUGGUCAAGUCCAGCAGGCUCCUGCUCCUGCUCCUGCUCCUGCUGCUCGCAAAAAUCAGCAGUUUCACAAGGAUGACCAACCAGCAGCACCAGCAACUCUCCGCCCGGCGUCGUCGUCGUUUAAAUCGUCGUGCAGUUUGGCAGCUGAUUUGAGAGGUCCCCACCAAAAAGUCAUCGGCUAUUCCAUUUACGGCGAUUUCUCGCAGACGGCCACGGCCGACCGCUAUUUAACCCCGCUGGCCGAGACCCUCAAAGACAUCGCCUUGGCCUAUCCAGGCUGGAUCGUCAGGAUCCACCACAACUUGUCAAGGAAGGAGAAGGAAACUUCGUCGUGGAAGAUGUUGGAGAAGGCCGUCGGCUCGGCCGGCAACCACGUCGACUUGUGCAACGUGACGGAAAUCGUGACCAGCCGCAAAAUGGCAAAGGCCAAGUUCAUCUUCCCCAUGACUUGGCGUUGGUUGCCGGUGCUGGACGGGCUGGUGGACACGUUCAUGUCGAGAGACGCCGACAGCGUGAUUUUGCCUCGUGAGCGGGACGCCGUGGUCCAGUGGCUGGCCAGCAACCAAUCCUUCCACAUGAUGAGGGACCAUCCGGCUCACUGCAUUUUUAUGCUCGGAGGUUUGUGGGGUGUCAAACUGGCCGGCGACAGCAACCGACGCCGGCAAGUCACCAAAGCCUUUGAGCGGCUCUUCAGCCAAGAGAAACACGUCAAUCAGUACAACUUUGACCAGAGACUCUUGACGAAACGCAUUUGGCCCAUCGCCAAAUCUAGCCACAUGGCCCACGACAGCUACUGCUGCCAGAAAUUCAAAGGCUCCCGGCCGUUCCCGACGCAGAGGAGUCGCCAAUUGACUUUUGUCGGCGGAAUCCAACAGAAGAAUCAAACUAUCCAAAGUCCUUGCCCUAAGGCGUGCCGGCCCGUCGACGUCCGUCCACAAUGGAACUAUUGCUGAUUUUCACAUCCGCGUCUCGUCAUGUAUUUUAUCUCGCAACAUAUCAAGUUAUAUACUAAUAUUAGAGGUUAGAUUUA